AUGCCGUCAGGAGAGUGUGAUGACCAAAGAGUAAACUCAGGGAUCAAUGAAGGAACAGAAUUUGAAUCUAAAGAGGAAGCAUUUGAGUUCUACAAAGAGUAUGCUAAAUCCGUUGGCUUUAACACCAUAGUAAAAGCUAGUCGUCGUUCAAGAAUGACUGGCAAGUUUAUCGACGCCAAGUUUGUUUGCACACGAUAUGGAAGCAAGAAAGCAGUGGAAGAAGAACAAGAAGAAGACAUGGAUACCGGUUUAGUUACAGAAGGAUUGAGCAUUCCUCAAGCAAGAAAACGAGGGAGAAUAAACCGGUCAUCGUCGAAAACCGAUUGUAAAGCAUGCUUACAUGUUAAGCGAAGGCAAGACGGGAGGUGGGUUAUUCGCACUUUGGUCAAAGAACAUAACCAUGAAAUCUCUCCUGGUCAAGCCAAUUCCAUACAAGAACCGGUUGGAGGGAAAAAGGUAGAGAGACAAAACGGUGGCAUUGUGAAAGAGAUGAAAACAAGAAAGCUUCAAGCUUUAGAGGAUGGAGAUGUUGAAAGACUCCUAAGCUUCUUUACGGAUAUGCAAGCUGAGAAUCCUUUUUUUUACUAUGCCAUUGAUCUCAGCGAGGAGCAGAGUCUAAGAAACAUCUUUUGGGUUGAUGCAAAAGGCAGAUUGGAUUAUACUUGUUUCUGUGAUGUUGUAUCUAUCGACACUACAUUCAUCAAGAGCGAGUAUAAGCUUCCUCUUGUUGCUUUUCUUGGAGUGAACCACCAUGGACAGUUCCUGUUGCUUGGUUGUGGAUUACUGUUAACGGAUGAGUCUAAAUCUGGAUUCGUUUGGCUUUUCCAGGCAUGGUUAAAAGCAAUACACGGAUGUCAACCGAAGGUUAUACUUACCAAACAUGACCAAAUGCUCAAAGAAGCUGUUUCCGAGGCUUUCCCAUCUUCAAGGCAUUGUUUUUACAUGUGGGAUACUCUUGGUCAGAUGCCGGAGAAGCUUGGUCAUGUUAUGAGACAAGAGAGAAGCUUUAUGGAUGAGAUGAAUGAGGCUAUUUACGGGUCUUGCAAGAGCGAUGAGUUUGAAAAGAAAUGGUGGGAGGUUGUUGAUAAGUUUCAUGUGAGAGACAAUGCGUGGCUUCAGUCGUUGUAUGAAGAUAGGGAGUAUUGGGUUCCUGUGUAUCUGAAAGAUGUUUCUCUGGCGGGAAUGUGUACAGCUCAGAGAUUGGAUAGUGUUAGCGCUGUUCUCGAUAGAUACGUUCAGAGGAAAACUACGUUGAGAGCAUUUCUUGAUCAGUACAAGACGAUGAUACAAGAGAGAUACGAAGAGGAAGAGAAAGCGGAGAUGGAGACUUUGUGUAAACAACCUGGAAUUAAGUCGCCUUCACCGUUUGGGAAGCAGAUGGCUGAGAUGUACACACGCGAGAUGUUCAAGAAGUUUCAGGUUGAGGUGUUGGGAGGUGUUGCUUGUCAUCCGAAGAGAGAAAGCGAAGAAGAAGAAGGUAACAAGAGGACUUUCAGGGUUCAAGAUUACGAACAGAACCGUGCUUUCGUUGUGGUGUGGAGCUUUGAAUCAUCUGAAGUUGUAUGUUCUUGUAGAUUGUUUGAGUUCAAAGGUUUUCUUUGUAGACACGCGAUGAUUGUUCUGCAGAUGUCUGGAGAACUUACUAUUCCUUCUCAGUAUGUGUUGAAGCGUUGGACAAAAGAUGCGAGAAGCAGAGAAGCCGUGGAAUCUGAUCAGAUCGAUGGAGAUUCAACUAAGGCUCAGCGGUAUAUGGAUCUUUGUCUGCAAUCUUUGAAGUUGAGCGAGGAAGCAUCUUUAUCUGAAGAGAGCUAUAACGCCGUGAUUAACGUGCUGAAUGAAGCUUUUAGAGAUAGUGAGAACACAAGUAGCUUGAUUCACAAUGUGGAAGAGUCAGAUUCGGUUUCAGCUCAAGAUCCUUCAAGACAUGAAGAACAGAACCACACGUUUGAUGAGAAUGUGACCAACACAGGACAGGAACAUUCGUUACAUGAACUCUGGAAAGCAACUGCUUUGCAAGAACAGAGAAACCGAUACUCGAUUCUCGAUGACUACCUCAGUGCCCAACAAAUGUCUCAUGAAAUGGUGGGACAGAUCAACUCAAUGGCCUCAAAUCACAAUGGAUAUUCUUCUGCGCAUCAAAACAUACACUCCAUGGGACAAUCCAUAACUCAACAAAGGCUUUAUGGAACUGAACAAAUAAGUUUCAGGCCAGAAGCUAUGUAUGAAAGACUUCAAGACAUGGGACAGUCAAGUUUUAGACAUCAUCCUCAGCAGCAUUCCGAUUCUUCAAAACAUCAACAGUCUAACAGGAAUUUCUCUUACUGA